UUUAAAAUAAAAUAAAUAGAUUUAAAUAAUUAUUAUUUAUUCAUAUCAGUAAAUUAAUUCAAUGAAACAUCAUGCAGAGGCCGCGGAGAACCACCGAAUAUGAAACUCCAUCAGGAAAACCACUUCAAUCAAGAACAAGUCGCCUGCAACAGCCCAUCCGACGUCCAUCAAUUCGGCGGGAUGGUUCACUACCCAGAAGUUCUUCAGCUGAACCACUUAACUCCCUUUUUCCCGGGACAGGCAAUCACCUUAAUGUGCCGUCUACAUCAACAAAACGCCACAGAAGCAGUAGUGUCAGCAAUGCUCGCACUCCACAGCGCACUCCAACUCACAUUACACCUUCCAAGGGGGCACAAUUCACAGGCGAGAAACAACGCGCCGCAAUCAACGACAAGCGUUGGAUUCAAGAGCAAAUUGUGCGAAUAACAGAAUUCUUGAAGGGCGUCGAUUGCGGUAUAAAUACUGAAUUCUUAAACAGAGGUGGCUUAAAAACCAUGUCCAUGAAGCAGUUUAUUGGCUUAGUCGAUUAUUUCCUUAAAUUUAUAGCUGGAAACAAGUUUAAAGUUGGUUCCAAUCACGUAGAAUCCAUAUCGAAAAUUCUCAAUCAAAUCGACUACCCGUACACGGUGAACAAGUCAUGGCUCAAGACCCCCACAGCUCCUCACGCUUUCGGCAAUGUGGUCAUGUUGUUUUCAUUCUUCAUGGACUUCAUUCCGCCAGCGGAUAACAUUGAAGUUUUCAAAAAGGACUAUUUAAUAGCCAGCGAGGAGUUUCCAGAUAAAGAUUUCGCCAUAAAACUUUCCGAUAUGGCCGAAGAGGGGUUCUCCCUGUGGAACAAUCAGAAGAACGAAGAAUUCGAGAAGCUCCAAAAGAUCGCAGUGGAUGAGUUGAUAUGCAAAAAAAUAUCUAUCCCUAGUUCGGAUGCCGUCGACGAAGCGAUCAAGCGUCUAAAUAUCGAACUCGAUGAAAUCUCCGCAAAAGCCGAAGUUAUCGAAACUGAAGAUGAGUACUUCCGCUUGGACAAAGAAGUCAAGACCAACCAGAGGAGAAUUGAGAAACUACAAAAACUAAUGCAAGAAAAUCAGAAAAUAAUUGACAAACUAGAAUACCAGAUCAACGGUAAACAGGAACUGAUUGAGAAACUUCGGUUGAGUGUUGAAGAAAUCCGUUCUGUAAUCAGCACCCAAAAAAUGUCUAUAGAAGAGCGAAAUAAGCUCAUCGAGGAAGUCGGCCAGAAGCAGUACCAAUUGCAAACCAAGCAGAAAGCCGUGUGUGACCUUCAGGAAAAGGACAAUCAAUUGCAAAUACAGCUAGCCCGACAAAUCAAACUGCUCACAGAGAAACUUGCCCAAUUCAAUAGCUACAUCCGAGAAAUAAUGGCGGAUUUGAAAAAUCUCAGUUUUAUAAAUCUUAAAGUGGACAUUGAAUCGCUCUGCUUGCAUCAGAACUCCGAACUGGAGACCCAAAUACAAAGAGUCGAAGAAUUUCUCAAGAAACUUAAACUACAUCUAACCAAUCAAAUGGCCGAUCUGUCGGAACAGAUAGAGAACUACGAAAAACAGAUCAAGUUGAUUUCCUAUGAAAUCUCGAAUUGGAUCGAACCAAAUUCCAAGGAAAAAAUGCAAACGAUUAAGAAAAUACAAAAGGAAGUCGAUGAACUAGACCGGGAGAUCAUUGCUACCACAAAUUUCACAACCAAUCGCAUAGCCGAAUUAGAUCACAGGGUGAAACAGUCAGAAGAGGCUUUGAACUCAUUGAGAAAUUCGAUAGAACACAACCGACAGGAGAUUCUGAAGACACAAGAAGAAAACGAAGCUAUGAUGAAAUUGGUAACUGAGCGUUUUGAGGAAUAUUUUAAAACGAAAGACGCCCUUCUGAAGCAAUUCCAAGAAGCAUUGCAACAGUGUCAAAAGAAAUGUACUGAAGCUAAGGUUCUUUUAAAAAAAUGAUAAUUCAUUUGUUUGUUUUGUUUUUUUUUUUUCUAUUGUUUAAAAUUUAAGAUAAUUUAUAAUAAAAUUAAAUGCCCAAUUAAACAGGCUCUAGGUCUAGAAUAAAGAAUGGUAAAUUGUUUUAUUUUUAUGAUGAAUACAAUUUGUGUCUUCUACAAUAAUAGGCAAAGAGUUCCAAAGCAGCUUGUGAAAAAAAACUGGCGUUACAUGUUAGAUUUGCACCGUAAUAUCGCCGCUUGCUACACCACAUUCCUGAAGUUUAGAUGUGUAAUUUUAUUAUUAUUAUUCAAAUUAUAAAAAUUAUCUUAGGACAACCAUGACUCAAGAGAGAUUGGUAGGCUUAUCUUGAAAUGAGAGGCAAUAGGGCAGGUAAUAAGGAAGGGAUUUAAUAUUGAAGAUAGGUUAGGAAGAUUCAAUGACCACCACAUAAGGGUAAGCCAGAACUAGGAUGGGAUAAGGGGGUUUUGGAGUUGGG